AUCCAAUGUCAGCGGCGCCAGAUAAUUUCGUUCCCAUUGCCGCGCCACCCGCUCCUAGAGUGGAGCAGCCCGCGUCUUACACACGCAAGCGCGAGGCCGUCAAGCAGCAAUCCGCAGCAAAGGCUCCAAGUUCGACGUCGCAAUUUGCCUCGUCUUUCGCCCAGUUUGGCGCGAAGACGCAAAACGGUGCGAGUGGUAGUUUCAACAACGGAUUCGGAUUUCCAGCAUUGAGCAGCGGCACCGCGCCAGGUGCAUCUGGCAGCGCAAAUGCGAAUGGAGCUUCUUUCGGCGUGUUGCAGCAAGCUCCUACACCCGGCAAUGGAAUCUUCGCUACUUCCUUGACAGCGGCCGCAACGACUCCUGCCGUACCACUCCAGACCACUACGAAGAGCAGCGAUGGGACCAAGGCUGCUGCCCCUUCGUUUCAAGGGUUUGGAACUUCCUUCGGGCAGAUUCAACAGCCGCAAAUAAAAGCUCCUGUGGCCGCAUUUUCUUCAACCAGCAGCGCGUUCGCUCCGGCAUGGCGGACCUUUGGUGCCGCACCCAAGCCAGUUGCGCCUCUCGGUGCUCCUGCAGUGCCGUUACAGGGCUUCGCGUCCUCGUUUGGCCAGUUCCAUCCGCAGGGCGGCUUUUCCACGCAGUUUGGGGCUGCGCCGUUUGGCUUCGCAAAGCAACAGCCAGCAGUGGCCGCGGGAAAAAAUCUUCCGAUGAGCUCUUCAAUAGAUCCGAGCGCAUCAAAAGCAGGGCAGUAGUGGCAUAGCGGAGAGAUGAUCAUGCUGACUGUGCGCUAAUAGCGCCGGAGACGGAGUGAGAGCAGAGCGGCUUGGACUAAAAUCUGUGUGUUGGAUUGCAAUCUUCACUGCAAAGCCUACAUUCAACGUAGCUAGUCCUUUGCUGCUGGGCCAACGCUUCGAAAAAAGAAAGUUCCAAAAUGACGCGCUUGGUCCACCUUCUGGCCACCACGGCCUCAUCAUGGGCUUUCUUGCCACACACCGCAGAUGGCUUCGUCACGAGAAGACUUCCGCCGAAGCUCGUGCAGGUAGAAAACAAAAAGGCAUCUAUCCAACAGCGAAAAAGGCGCGACGAGAAGGCAAAGCGAAAACAGAAGGAUCCCUACUCGCCUAUGACACGGCUCGGGAUGGAAGACAAGGCAAAACCCGACCCGGCGUUGGAAAACAUUCCGGGUCCAGCGGCUCGACUCGGAUUGGAUGUCAAGCCACGACCCAUGUACAAGGAGGCUGAGGAGGUCAAGCACUACGAAUUCGAGUAUUGGAUUGGUUUCUCUUCUCUGCCUCCUCGAUGAAAAAGUUUGAAUAUGGAUUUGUUUCAACUCGACAUCAUCAUCCUUGCUUUUCGAAUUGACGCAAACUUUCUCGCUACAAAAAUUUUCAGGGCCAUUCCAACCGACCCCCGACCACCGCUGAAACUCCGCGACGUGGAAGCGCACGUGGCCCCGGCGUUCGGAAUUUUCAAGGGGCUCGCGCUCGGAUCGCUCUUCCUGAUUCCCAUGUACCUGUGGUACGUCUGGAGGCACACGGAAAACGGCGCGCGUAACGUAACCAUCGUCGUGGGCGUGUUUACCGCGAUUGGUUUGCUGUGUUUCAUGCUGCAACGGAUGGGCGUUUUUGACCGGAUGUGGGAGAAGUAUGCGUCGCACCUAGGCGAGAAGUGGCUGGAGGGGUUUUUGCUCGUCCCGGUUGGGUUGUUCGCGUUUCUGAUGCUCGCGGACUUAACCGUCCGUGGGCAGUAUUCGGCCAUUGGGAAGGUAGUUGCAAAAAUUCCCACGCCGCCCUCCAUACCGGUCAAGACGAACAGUCUGGAAGGAUUCAUGUCCUCGUUCUUGUGAAAGAAAUUUUAAACUACGCACUGCAAAGGAGCGUUGAACUCUUUUCUUUUCCAAGACCUUUUGCACGACAGCGCGCAUGAAAGUUUGAAGCAAUAAGCAAUGACCGUUGUGUGGACCUCCUGGCAC